UUGAAAAUGACCGAUUUAAUCAUUGAAAAUAUUCCACUUACCAAGGAAUGGCUUGCCGAAAUUAUCGAGAAGAAAAUUGGGGUAAAACCGAAAAUUGGAACCAGUGGAAUUUUGGACAACUCGGAGUUAGGGUACAUGUCAAUGAUUCGUAAAGUACAACUUCAUUUUGAUGCGGAGCACGAGGAGAGCCACCCAAAUUUACCGAAACACGUGGUUCUGAAGAUUGCAUGCAGCUCAAAAGGAACUGGAGUUCUCGAUAGUGCUGGUGCAGAUAUGACUGAAACUGACCACUCUGCUAAUGUUGAACUGUUUAUGCAUAACACUGAGUGUAACUACUACAAAAUUUUUGCGAAGCUUACUGAAAAACCACUCCACUUGCCAGUUAUCUAUGCAGCUAUCAAAGCUGAAGACAAAGAAGCGCCAGUGCCUGUGAUUGUUAUGGAAAUGUUCGAAGAUUGUAAGGUUUACGAUAUUAUUACCGGAUUCAAUGAGGAACAGCUCUACAAAAUCGUCGACGAGAUUGUCAAAUUGCAUAUUUUUUCUUUGACUACCGAAGAGUGGAAGACAAUUGUUCCUGAUGCAUUUGUGUUGGAAAUGGCUGGCUACUUUCAAACAAUGGUCGCAGGCAUCGGAGAAAAGUUGGCUCAACAACCCGGGCUUGAGCUUGUCUCGACGUAUAUCAAGAACACAUUUGCUACAGAUCCAAAAUUUUUGCAAAACAUUAAUGAUGAGUACCUGGAAGAAAGAAGAAUUUCCGUUCUCACUCAUGGAGAUCUUUGGGCCCCACAAAUUCUCUGGGAUAAAAAUGAUGACAUCGCUGGAAUUAUUGACUGGCAAAUUACGCAUCGUGGAAGUCCCAUGGAAGACUUCCAUCAUAUUAUGUCGACCUGCACGUCUGUGGAAAAUCGUAAAAAUCUGACAAAACCAUUGCUGGACUACUAUUUUGACAAACUAAGCUCUGGAUUAGAAGCAAAAGGCGUGAAAAUGCCUUGGACGAGAGAAGAGAUUGAGGAGGAAUACAAGUACAGUUUUAUCAACGGCGCCGCACUCACAAUCUUUGCCAAUGGUUUUUGGGCCAAUUCUCCAGUUCUUCAAACUGAUGGAAAACCAGAUCCAGUACGAAUCGGCGAGUCCUUCAAAAGAUGCAAAUCGUAUUUGGAAGAAGUCAUCCAAGAGCAUAACAUGUCCUAACUCUACAUUUUGAGCUUUGUUACAACUUAUCUUCUGAAAUACGUAUUUAUUUUUAUCUGGUAUCUGUACCCGGGAUUUUUUGUUCAAAUAUACCUCCAAUAAAAGAACAUCACCUGGCA